AUGCGCUUUGAUGCGAGAUCUAAGAUAUCCCCUGAGUGGAAUGGUUUUGGUUCCUUCUACUUUAUGGUCCCUCAGAUCGAGUUUGACGAGUUUGAAGGAAGUUCAAUGAUAGCUGCAACUGUGGCGUGGGAUAAUCGUCUUUCACUUCCCUACGAACAAGCAGUUGCAACACUCGAAGCUACACUGUCCGAGGUUUCAACAGUCGUUUGGAAAAUAAAUGAUAGCUCUCAUCGUGCUCCUGUCCUUCACCAGACUCAUGUUCCCAACAAAGCCUCGUGGGAUCAAGCUGUUAAACGAGCUCUUGACUUGAUAAGCAGUAAAAACUCCUCGCUUGUUAAGGUUGUGCUUGCGCGUAGCAGCAGAAUUCUGACCACGGUUGAGAUUGAUCCUUUAGAAUGGUUAUCGAGCUUGAAGGUUGAAGGGGCUAACUCGUACCAAUUUGUUCUUCAGCCACCUGAAUCCCCUGCAUUCAUUGGGAACACACCUGAGAGACUGUUUUACCGAGACCGUCUAAGCGUAUACAGUGAGGCCUUGGCCGGAACUCGAGCUAGAGGAGGAACAGAAUCACUAGAUUUACAAAUAGGACAUGAUCUACUCACCAGCCCUAAAGAUCACCAUGAAUUCGCUGUCGUAAGAGAGAGUAUAAGAAGAAAAUUCGAGAACGUGUGCACAAGCACUGUAGUUGAACCGAGCAAAGCUCUAAGGAAACUGCCACGUGUCCAACAUCUUUAUGCUAAGCUAACGGGCACAUUGCAGAAAGAAGAUGACGAGUUUAAGAUUCUGUCUUCACUUCAUCCAACCCCUGCUGUUUGUGGGCUUCCAACUGAAGAUGCACGAAUUCUAAUAUCACAAACUGAAAUGUUUGACCGAGGAAUGUAUGCUGGCCCGGUUGGAUGGUUUGGUGGUGCUGAGAGUGAAUUUGCCGUCGGAAUAAGAUCAGCAUUAGUAGGAAAGGAUAUCGGGGCAUUACUUUAUGCUGGGACCGGAAUAGUAGAAGGAAGCAACUCUUCUCUCGAGUGGAAGGAACUCGAGCUCAAGACAUCUCAGUUUACGAAACUGAUGAAACUCGAGGGAGAGAGUUGA